UGUAAAACCUAGCUGUUUAAAUUUGGGCAGUUGUCUGCAGUGCCAUAGAUAAAGAUUUUCACCAAACUUGUUCAUGGUCGCAUGUCUAGUUGUUUUGCAUCGCUCGCUUGAGUCGGCGUUUGCAGCCUCAAUUAAAGCUCGCCUCACUCGCUACAGGAUUACUGGAAAACUUUCACCCCGUAUCAUGAUAAAAUUGCUGAUUAAACAAGAAGUCCGAAUGGCGAAGAAGUUUAACAAAUUACAUGUAGUUGUACAUAUAACUUCCGAUCGUUUACACUGGUUACUGACGUUGAGCAAGUCAAUCAAGUGCUACAAAUGCGAAAUUUUUACGGAGACUAAAUUAUUUUUAGUCAAAUACCCUAUAAUUAAUUCCCCUGUAGUAACUUUUAUUUUUCUAUUUUAUGUUUAUUUGCUUAGACGUUUUUAAGUCAUUUGUUGAAGCGGUUGGAUUACAUGGUGUUGAAAAACACCUAACCAUUCAGUUACUCAUCCAAGUCGGAGGGAUACUUACCGAUGCUGCAUGCGACGAGGAUUUGGAAGGUAAGGAGCCUGGAGACCAGUGAUUUUUCUCACUGAGAGAGUAUAAUGGAAUAGAGAGAGGAACGCCCAGCCUAGCCUUUAGGAUGAGUGAAUUCCACCAAAGUUAUUUUUAGACCAAUUAAAUGCUUCAACUCAAUCAGAAGUUGGUUUUACGGGAAAGGUACGCAAAAUUUUAUUCAGUGUUGUCAAAAGAGGAUUCAGCAGUCGCCAUUACAAAAUUAAACAUUACAGAGACAGAGCGUUUAUUUUGUUAUAAAAAACAAACAAACAAACAAACAAAAACAAUUCAAAUAGAAGUAGAACAAAAGAAACAAAAGGUUAACCCGUGGCUAUCUAUUGGAGCAGAAUACCAAUCAUGUUUCUCUGCGUGCGAUUCAUCGCUGAUUUCCCUUGAGGACUCGAAUUGUUUUCUCUGCUUCACACCUGUAAUUAGCCAAAUGUUCCAUAUUUUAUGCUUCUGUCAGAGCUUCAAUGUUUUUCAUCUCGUCUUAUUUAUAAAAUUGUCAUGAUUUUCAGGUUAUUUUGAGGCGAUUGGAAAAUUUAUACAUGAACACGAGGGAGACAAGUUCGUUGCCAAAGAGGCAUGUAAGAGACCGCGGUUUAUCCUGAGAUGUUGCAUGGGUACGUACAUGACCGGAGCAUUAAUAAAUGGGGACGCUUCAGGGUGCAAAGAAAGUCAUUUUUACAGCUUGCCAUUCGGGGAAGCUGAAGCUAGCAGAUGCUAGCCCAAACAUCAUUUCAACUAGCCCCAAAAACGCUUUGAUGAGAACAUUAAUUUCACAGUUCUUCUGUAAUUUGAAAUCCCCAAAAACUUUCAUUUGCCCGUCGGGCAAGUUAAUAACAGAAUUCACUAGCCCCGGGCUAUCGGACAAUAGUAAAAUCCAACUAGUGGUCUAUUUUCAAUACUGCGUUCUGAUUGGUUGAGCUACUACUAGGCAAUAUGUUAUAGCCCACUAAUAGCGAAAAGAGCCUGCUUUUUGGCGGUCAAAAAAGGGUUAAAGUCUAGCUUUAAUUAACUAGCUCAAAGUUUUUUUAUUCUCGAUAUUUUUUAUCAACUCGCCCUCAUGGCCCCUGAGUCAAUAGCCCAUUAGGCCUUCGGCCUUAUGAGCUAUUGACUCAGAGCCCAUUCGGGCUCGAGGAAUAAUUGUUAAAUACUUUCUUUGCACACUGCGCUUCUUCUCCGGGAGGCACUAAGGAGGUCUGCCGCCGAGGCCUUCAAACCUUGACCCUGUUUUGGUUUAUUUUGCUACCCAAUACCUCACUUUAUGACCCUAGUUUUGCUUUGCAUACAGAAUUAAGUAAUUUUUUAAACUAACUUCAUAGAAUAUAAUUUUUUGGGAAACAAAAUGUUUUUACCACAAACAAAAGCAGACCAGUCUCAUCGCCAACCCUCACACUUUGUUAAAGAGGGUCGUACAGAGGAGGGGGGUGGGUGGGAUCUCUGGAACUGUUUACGGACCAAAAAAGUAAAUAAUACCGCAUCACGGAUAAGAAACUUUUAUCUCUGUUUUCGUGUCACUUGCAUAAUCAGCAUUUUCAAUCUUGUUCUUACGCAAAGAAAAGAGUGGUACAACGGUGUGCCUGAAAAACACAUGGGCUUGAGGUUGGCGAAAAGAAAAAGCAAGACUGCAAAUCACAAUUUUCAAAAAUUCAUAAUUCUCAUUUGAUUCUUUCAUAGUCUUUAUUUACCUUCUGGAGGUCUCCAAACUGAAAAUCAGGGGAAAAUAAGAAAUAAAAUCACGAAUAGUCGUUAUUAAUUCAAGUUUUUCUCGGGGCACGGACAACCAUUUGUUCACGGAACACGAAGAAUAAUUUAUUGAAUUCAUGGAUCACGAAAAAUUAAAACACUUAAUAACGUAUCACGAAAAAUACCCCUCUAAGACCCUCUUUAAAGGCCUUUGCUGCAAAAGACACACUGUUCAACACACUAAUAGUGAAAUUGUAUAGCCUGUCUAAGACUCUUGACCCUGAAAACCAUACCCCGUUUAGCGACACAUGUACACCCCACGCCUAUGUAGAUCAAAUAAGAGAGCGCUCCUCCCAAGCCCUUUUUAAAUAAGGCAUGUCUUAAACAAGACUUGAAAUGUAAUGCUAUUUACAGAAGCAAACUGAACGCUCGUUUUGCGAGGAAUUUUUUUCAUAACUUCAGUCGCAUCUUGUAUACUGUUCGAAGAACGCGUCUAAAUUGCCCUCGUAUAAUUGCCCCUAUCAAUAAAUUAAGGUAAUAAAUAUGGGCAAAUCUAUAAAAUAACAUCUUAUUAAGUUGAAUGGGUAUUGUCAUACUCUCAAGAGUGGUAUGAUAAAACUACUUGUUAUGUCUUCAUUGUGGUGAAACUAUGGGGGACGUUUUCAAGGCCUAUUUUAUGGGCGAAGCAGGCUAACUUUGAUGACCUAUAAAAUCGUCAAAUUUUAUACUCAACACGCCUCAAACUUUGGAAUCGAGCAAUUUAAAUGAUAACGUUUAUAACUAAACAAAGACAAUUUUCGCUUCAUACAUGUAUGAACUUUAAUUCCCUUUCUAGUAUUGCUGUGUUCACUUCUAACAGCUGAGUCAUUUUUGUGGGUAUAAGCAUACUUCACUUCUUUUAAUUAAUGCUUGUGUGCCGUUUUUCGCUUCUGUCGCUUUUUUGCAUUAUUUUUCAUUUUUUUCUUUUUUGCAUUUGCAUUUGCGCGUUUAGCCUUAUCUAUAGUUUUAUCCUAUUUAAUAAUUAUUUUUUUGUUAUAAAGAAAUUGCACGUGUUUAGUUCAAUUGUUUUGCGGAUGCCAUUAUUUUAUUUCAUAAUUUAGUCACAUAUUUCUAAAGUUGCGGAGUUGGUACGUUUGCUUCAGUGCUAAAAUUGGUAUCCUUUCCAUACGCCUUAUUGGUUCCAAUGGGCUAUCUAAUUCAAUUGAAGCAAAAUUAAAAUUAUGUGCUAGAGCUUCAAAACUAUCACGGAUUACCGCAGUGUCCAUUGACCUACUUGUAUGUACUGUUUGUUUGGGUUUUUCUAGGACUACGCAAGUACAUACGUAAUGCACCAAAGGGACUAAAACAAAGAUCCCUUCGCCUGAUGUUCGAAGACAAAUGUUCACGCCCUGAAGGUAUGUUAUCAGUUAGCUUUUCUCAUGAACAGGGAAACGAUUGAAAAAGAAAGAGUCUUUUUUAUGUUUAUUUGAGUGGGUCUCCUGUAAUCUAGCUUGGAACACGCAUUCUAUAGAUGAACUUGAAUGUUUAGCCAUCCCACCCCUCUGUAUACGGGACCAUUACUCUCUCAGUCAUAUGGCAAGAGAUCCUAGUUGCGUAAAGUAUAGCCCAUGUAGCGAUUUGUACUAGGGCUUGUGUCCAAUUUCAACAACAUUAGAUUGAUUCAAAUUCAAAUUAAACUCGCACAACAUUCCAGGGACUAACCUCUCGGCAAUCAAGCCGAGUAAAUUUCAAAUUACAUGAUAGUUUUAUUAGUACACAAGUGUACCACACUAGCCGACUGAAAAUGUACUUUUCGCCAUCGAUGACUGGCUAUCUGGAAGGUGAGCAGCAAUUCUAUACCAUUCACCGCCGACCUGACGAAGAGAGGCGAUAAAAGCAUUUUAGACUUGAACUAAACUAUUGUCGUCGAUUACCAGAUCCAAAUGAACCCUGAAAUUUCAUAACUCAAGUUCGUCCAAAGUUUGAAGAUGUUUGUUUUGUUCACGAUCGUUUGACUUGAUUUGACCACAUGAGGAGUGCCAAAAACAAUUCGCUAAUUUGUGUGCGUUAAAAAGUAUUGUGCGGCGCUCAAUAUUUUAAUAUUUUUGCGCAUUUGUAUCGAGUAAAACAAUGAUCAUUAAAAAAUUGUUGAAGCUGGGUCACUUCAACAAAACCCAGUUAUCCUUUUUUUAAAUUUUUUUCGUAAAAUAAAUAAAUAUGUAAUGAAAUAGUUGAAAUAAACUGAAUUGUUAAUGUUCAUUUCCUACAGCGGACUUUGUCAGGAAUGCUCUGAUUUUCAUCAGAGAAGUAAGUUCUUUUUUCCUGUUUUGUCGGGAGCCGAUUAGUAAUUACUAUUCGGCUCCUGGUUUUGUUUUGUUAUCUUAAUUUCAUCAAAUCGUGAGAGCUGCCGUCAGUAGUCGAGUAGACAAAAAAUGGUGUCAUGAACAAUAAAAUAAAGAAAGAUUAGCCGUUUAAAAUGAGUCACAAAUGAUGUUGGUUAGUGAGGUGGUAUUUUGAUUUUUAUUAACUGAAAACUUAAUGCCUUUAUCAGUUCCCUUACCACGAAUCACAAGACACAGGAAUGUUAAUGCCAGCAAAUACAUCGCAAGAUGAAAAAGCAUAACCAAAGCGAAAUCACAGCGAAAAUAUGACACACUCUUUUUUUAUAUAUGAGAAUGUUGUUUUUCCUACCCAGGCUGAUUAUUUUUAUUUUUCUGUCGAUUUUAGUAUGACUAUUCUUAAAUUUUUCUUACUUAUAAAUUAUAGCUUAUGACUUUUCUGCUUAAGAAUGUAUUCGGGUUUCAGUUACCACGGUGCGAGUCUUGCCGUUGAGUAUAGCCUGCGAACCGCAGACGAAUUUCCGGUCGUCGCUUCUCCGACGACCAGAAAUACGUCUGCCGUUCCAGCUAGCUGUUUUAUAAUAGUGAAAGGAAAAAUUUACCUACGGUUAACUUAAAAACACGAAUAAAAUUUGCAGAUUUUCAGUUUCAAACUCGGGUUUAUUCUUAACGACGUAUUCUUAAAAGUUUGCAAAUUUCAGCCUCGAUAUUCGUAUAACUGAAGUAAAUUCUUAUAAAGAAAAAGAGCGUAACACAGAUACCAUAAAUUGCUGGGGUCUUUCAAAUAUCUGAAAUAUCAUUUAUUCCCGUUAUUCCUAAUUUGGCACUUCUGAGCUGACUGCAAAGCUGAUGCAGUUGUACCACAGGCAGACCACCCUCUGUUAGUGGGGGCCGUUGUUGAUUGAAAUCUGAGCAACGAUCUUUUGUUAUUUAUAGAAGAAAUACGUAUGAACAAUACGGUGGGUAUAAUUUGUUCCAAAAUGCAGAAUUUAAAGCAAUUUUUUUAAAUAAAAUUUUGAAGAAAAUGUUAACUGAGUGAUGUGUCAUGUUUUUUUCGACGAUCCCGUGCUGUUUAAAGCGCUAUUUUGCGAGAUGAAUAUUUGACCUCGGGAAAACUUUCAUUGAAAAAUUUGCUUUAAAUUCUGCAUUUUGGAGCAAAUUAUAGCCACCGUAUUGUUCAUAUAUAUUUCUUCUAUACAUAACAAAAGAUCGUUGCUCAGAUUUCAAUCAACAACGGCCCCCACUAAAAGAGGGUGGUCUGCCUGUGGUUAUAACUGUAGAUGUUUGAAUAAUUAGAUCGAGCUGUACUUGGUUACCGAAGAAGCAUCAAUAAUCACAAUAAGAAAGUCUGCGUGGGAGGCUACAAUAACAUAUCAUCUUGUAGAGCUCAUAGCAUGCCGUAUAUUAAACGUUAAAAACUCGGCAGGGCUGAAAGGGGAAGGUUGAAGCUCCCUGUUUCCCCUUCUUCUCCACGUUAGGGGUCAGGAAUGAUUUAUGUGCGUAAUCUAGGAAUUCAGAAAGGGCUGAUAUAUUAUUCUUUUGCAGAAAAUCAGGCUUGACAGGAAAUUCGCAAGUUUGAUGGGUUCUUUCCAAGGUACUUGUGCGUGAGCGUAAAUAUUGCUAGAAAUAUCACAAAGUAACUGUCUUUAAGCGAAUUUCGCUGCAAUCACUAAAUGCAAAGUCGUUAAAAUGAAAGGAACUACUGAUUUUACAUUGACUUUAUUAUAUUUGUUGAAACCGUCGUUCGAUUACCAUUGGCACGUUUCAUGCGAAAAGAUUGGGUUGUUAUGGAGUGAUUUGGCCCCGGGGGGGCACUUGAGUAUUUUUGAGGUGGGUAUGUGCCACCCGGGACUCCAAAUUGGCACCCCGUUCUAGAAAAAAUUUCCCCUAAAAUUGAUACCCCGUUCUAGAAAUGGGCCAAUUUUUUAUACCCCGUUCUAGUAUUCGCCCUAAAACUGAUACCCCGUUCUAGAAAUGGGCCAAUUUUUCAUACUCCGUUCUAGGGUGCAACAAGAGUGCAACAGUUUGCUUGUUUAACACAUUGAACCGUAUUUUUAAAAGCAAUCUGUCCUUGAAUACUUUCAAAUGGCUGCUUACAAAAGUGGAGCUUUCGUGCGUUCGAAAUAUUAUACCCCGUUCUAGAAAACGCCUCUGAAAUGGAUACCCCGUUCUAAAUCAGGAGCUUCAAAAUCACGACCCCCUUUGGGCGGCACAUACCCGUAUAGGUAAUGUAUGGGAGUACCCCCGGAUUUGGCCAACAGUAGGAAACUACCUUUUUGUUUUAUUCUACUCAAUUUGUGUUAAUUUUGUGCUAUUCUUUUGUAGAGCCUAUGAAAAAGAUAAAAGAGCUUUAUGAAGCAAAUAAGAAAAAAGAGGCAGACCUAGCACUGGCCGAUUUUGUUUUGAGCUCGAACAGGAAAGGAAAAUUGAUUCGUUUCCUGUUGCCAUAUUACGUGACGCUAAAGCCCACUUCCGGUCCAGGUAUUGAAAGUAAACGGAAAGGAAAAGAUGACGAUCCCUUGGCUUACUUUAUUGAACAACAGCAGGGCACAGAUGAAUUGUGA